AUCACCUCAGACAACCUGAACAGAAUCAGAACACGGCAGCAGUGAGACAACCAGUGAGACAACCAGACCAAGACUACAACACAGCAGCGACCUUUCACUAAGGACGACAAGACUAACAAACAAAUCAUGGGUUCUACUUCAAACGCACACUUUUUGAUGGUGCUGUGUUUAAUGGGGUUGUUGGUGAUGAUGAUGAUGAUGGGUGCAGAGGCUGUCCCCCACGUCCAUCCAGGAUUGACAGGGAGACGCUCACAGAACAACCUUCAGGGACACAAGAAGCCUGUAGAGCCUUCAGCUCCAAACACAAUAACUGUCCCCCUGCACCUGGACCCGAGCGACUUGAUUCCUUCCCGCCCCGUCAGAUCCAUUGGGAAUCAUUCCAUCUCCCCAUGGACUACCAACAUCACCUAUGAUGAGUCCCGCUUUCCCCAAACCAUCUCGGAGGUCAGGUGCUCUCUGGAGGGCUGUCUGAACGUCGCGGGUAAGGAGGACAGGAGCCUGGAGUCCAAACCCAUUUACCACCAGAUCCUGGUCCUGAGGAAGGUGAUGGGGAGCGAGAACAGAUACUACUACCGGCUGGAGGCAAAGAUCAUCGCGGUGGGCUGCACCUGUGUCAGGCCUAGCAUUGAAUACCAACAGUAAUGAUAUCAGUGCUGUUGGUUGGGCCGUGAGUGUUGGCAAUACCAAGGUUGCAGGUUCGAUCCCCACAUUCAUUGAAAGUAUUUGUGUGUUAGUUUUAUGGAGCUUUGGCUCUAUGUCAUUGAAAGAUCGAUUUGAAUAAUCAAAUAUGGAUAUAUUUUCUAUUGAGCUUUAAAUCACAAAAUUAAUUAUGUAUUUAUUCAGUAUAUGGUUCUAUUUAUUUUUGGGUUAUUUAAUGUAUUGGAUGAUAUUUUGGUAUUUAUUGAAUAAAGAAAUUCACAUGUUCAAUUCAAAACA